AUGUCCUACUUCUUAGGGCCUAUCUCAGGCGCCUUGGUGGCAGGAGGGGUGUACUACGGGUUCUCUAGCCUGAUAACGAAGAGCACCAGCGAGAGUACGUCUAGAUACCAACAAUCCAAGAGACCACAAACUAAACCCAAAUCCUCACUCCCUCCUACUCGUCCCUACGCACCCUCGUACCUCAUAACCGCACAUCCGAACGACUACACAACCAGCCUUCGCUACCUCUCCAAUCGUCUAUUGGACACACCCGCCUACAUCCCAGCACCCCCACCCGCCGCUGCUCGCGUACACCACAACGAAUUCACCGAAACCCUCAAAUCUCGGUGGAACCAGGAAAUCGCCUACAUCGCUGCUGGGUUCAGAGGAUGGGGAAGGGACUUGACGCGGUGGGGGAACGGGCUGUUGGAGAAACUACCGACGCCUAGCCCAGCGCCGAAGGAGAGGAAGGACGAGGGUUCGUAA